AUGAAGGACAACGCUCUGCAUGAAAACUUUUUGUCCAACUUCGAUACUUUCACAGCUAUAGUUCAUAUCCCAUGGUGUGGCUUAUAGGAUGUGACAUUUUAUGUUUUUUUUCGAAUCGCUGCUUUCCUAUUUUGAAACCAUAAUCAAUUAAUCAUCAUAUGGCCAAAACGUGUUCAUGAUACUUCUAAAAAUCAACUUUAACACCUUGUUAUGAAUAUAAGAAUUAAAUCAUUCAUGAGCUGAACGUGAGAACGCAUAGAAUUUCUCUUGCUGGCUUUAUAAUCAACUGGCGCCUAAAAAUUUUAAUUUUCUUUCGUUCCUUCAUCCAGUCCACUCUACCAAAGAUAAAAACUUAAAAUAUACUAAUAAUUUAUUAGUAAUAAAAUAGAAAAUUCGGAAAUUUUACUUAGCUGAAGUGCCUUCAUUUAAGAUCGUCUGAGUGGCAAAGUGCCUACAAUGAUGUCAUUGUUAAAUGUGUCGACUUGAGUAAUAAAUGAAAUUUAAAACACCGUUCAACCGUCUACACAAAUCAAUCCGAGGGAAAUAAUAUGGAAGCAAGAUCUCGAAAACGUUGCCGUCAAUCCACAGCGGUGGUCGAGACAACAGAGCCGAUCGCCAGCGGCAGCAAUGAAGGAGGAGGACGUCGCGCCCGGUCCAAGACAGCACAGCAAAGCCAAGGUCGUAAUUCAUCAACUUCCGACUUCAGAGUUACGUGCAUUACUGUCCCAGUGACAGACGAGGACGAUAUGGAGGUCGUGUGCAAAUUGUGUCACCAGAAAAUGAUCCGGAGACAGUUUCGACUGCAUAAUAUGAAAAAACAUCGUAAUAUUGCGACAACAAUGGAUGACCCAACGGUUCCUGAACACAGAUUUUAUGAAAGCCGUUUGAGGGAAUUUGUAAAGUUCAUGAAAACUAAAAUUUUAAAAUGCCCAAUGGAUCGAUGUAACUCAUCGUAUAAGAGUUGUUUGGGGUUAGCAUAUCACUUAGACACUUGUGGAAAAACAAGAGAGGAAAUCGAGGCAUGUUUGGUAGAGUGUCCAACAUGUGGUAAGAAACUUACCCGUCCAAACCUCGCAUGGCACAAGAAAAUACAUGAGAAAGCGAUUCUCGCAAAUUCGAAAGAGGGGGAGGAAAGCCGGAGUCAACCACCAGUAUUAGCUAGUCCUCGCUUGAAAGGCAGAAAGUCCGCGAUAAAGGCACGAGAAUGCUUUUUGCAAGACGGCGGCGAUGAUGACUCAGAUGAGUCAUCAUCCGAAUCCAAACUCGAGAAAAUUAAAGGAAAGCGGAAACAAAAGGAUGUAGAUUACGAAGUAGACUCUUACGAAAUUGAAUUUGUAGAUAAGAAUGAGCGAAAUCAAGAAACCAAGAGAUCCAACCUCAAGUCUCCUGUUGUGAACAAAGGUGGGACAGGGAAAUCAGAAUUUAGUUCAAAAGCGACUGAAUUUAUUACGUCAAAGUCAAACUCAUCUCAUGAUGCCUAUUGGAAUAAAGUGGAGAGGGUAUUUGUUGACCCACUUGAACGUAUCCCACAGAAUUUGUUGAUUGAACCAGAAGCAGAGCAAGAUAUCUCGGAAUAUCUUCCAGGUGUUGCAAAAUCUGUAAAAUUUAAAACCAUUGUCGAAUCUAAUGAUGGCGGCAAGGACAUCAUCAAAGGGUUUCGACAACUCCCUUGGUUCCAAGGAGAACUAAUUGAUACUCAGAAUGGAAAUUUCGUGUUCAAUGCUGGUGGCCCAGUUUUAGGAUUAAGUUGGCAUCCGAAUGGGAAAGUUUUAGCUGUGUCUACAGGUGGUGACCCUUUCGAGAUUAUAGAUUACAAAAUACGACAGUCAAGAAAGUCUUGCAUCCAGAUCUAUGCGCAUCAAUUCAUACCGGGGACAAAAGGCUGUGCCCCAAUUAAUACCAUAACCCCAAAAUUAUUUAUCUGUUCGGAUUAUGGGUAUGCAACUCAUCUUCAGUGGUGCAAUUACUGGCCAGAUUGUUGGGAUAGUUAUGAUUUUGAGGGCACUACAUUUGAAUGCCUCAACAAGUCUGCAAGAGUUGGUCAGUUGGCAGCCAGCUUUGAAGAUGGAACUCUUCGAAUUUUUUCUAUUUCUAUUUCUGACUGGGAAAUGCCUCCGACAUUUUCGCCUGGAUCAAAGUCAAUGAGAAUUCCUGUGUAUAAGAAAACGGCUGAGGUGUGUUUGCAGAUGGAUUCUGUGUAUUCCAAUGCUGGUCAAAUCUGCAAAUUUGAGUGGCAUAAUGACAACAAUCUUGUAGCGGUAGCAUAUUCUGGCGGAGUAGUAGCAGUGUUUGACGUUACUACGACUUCACCCCUUCUUAUGGAAACUGUCAAUGACGAUUCCCAAACGACGACAACAAUUAUAAAUCCAUUCUGGUGUUUCCAAGCUCAUUUGGGUCCAGUGACGGGAAUAUGUUUCGAUCCAAUGUCAUCACGAUUCUUUGUGACUGGUUCGAAAGACAGGCACAUGAAGCUGUGGGAUUUGCAUUUACGACAAGAAUUAGAAAGUCGUAAAGUGGGUCUAAUCCACGAUAUUUGUUGGGUACGAGGUUGGAUCAAUUUGGCUGUCGCAGUAGAUGCUGCUAUUUCAAAUUUGUCGUCGCAAUACAAUUUUGUGAGAUUUUAUCAAUUAGGAACGAGCCAACAAAGGCCAAAUUGUGCAGAAUUCAUGGAUAUCUCUAGCCUUACUUUCCAUGAAGGAAUAACGAUCCAGGGCACAGAAAGUGGCAACAUUACUGCAACGUACUUUGACAAUUUUUGGAGGGAAAUGGAUUAUGACAGGAACAAAAAGAAACAUAAUGUGGUCAAUCUUUGCAAGGUUAGUGCAGAUCCUUCGAGUUUUGAGAUUCUAUCGAAAGACUAUUGUCUCGAAGGCGAUGCAAAAAAUAUAAAACUUCAGUUCAACUUUAAAGAAGAGACUCCCCAAAUAAUUCUAUCCUUUAUGAAUGAACGGGUGAAAUCAAUCCUUCCUGAUGCUAAGCCUCAAUUUUUUGAGGAUUAUGUUCGAUUUCUACCUUUCUUAAGGAUUAAUAAGGUGACUUGGUGCCCUGCAGGUAGCUGUUUUACUACAGGCUACCGAAAUGGACUUUUAACUAUAAUUCCUGCAUCAUUCGACUUAUUAUAUAGCUAGCUGUACUAUGCUGCUACAUUAUACAAAUACACGUUUAUUAAUUUUUGUAAAAUUUUAACUUUGACGAGUUGAGAAUAUAUUUUAUAUCCGGACCGACCUAU